AUGCGUCUGCUGGUCCUCUUCACCCUCACUUCCAUCCUCCACGCGUUUCUAGUCCCCCUCCCGCUCCAGCCCACCUCUAGCCCCCCCAUCCUGACCGGCGCUAGGAACUCGCUCGUUCCCGCGAGCAGGAGCAUGAGUGUCAGGAUGAAGAAAGCAGGAGCAAGAUCUGUUGUCGCUCUCGACCUCGACGGCUUCCGCGAAACCUUCCGAGCCGUCUUUACAGCAGGAGCAUGCUCCCUCUCUGUUCUCUCCCUCGGUCUCCUCGCCCGAAGCUCCGCAGCAGGAGGAGGUAACCUGAACCCUCGGGAGCUCGUGGCUGCGAGCGCAACGCGUCUCGCCACUCUCUCCCCCUCCCAGCUGCAGCGGCUCUUCCUGUGUCUCCUCCUCGACAUCGUCGGCUCCUCCCCUGAGCUUCUCCUUCCCGGACCUGUGGGAGAGUCCAUCGACCUGCUGUGGUCCCCCGUCUACGCCUUCCUCCUCUUCCAGACGUUCGGCGAUCAGCCCUUCACAUACAAGUGCAUCCUUGCAGUCUCUGGGCUGGUGGAGGAAGCCCUUCCCUUCCUCAGUUUCGUUCCCUCAGCCACUAUAGGUUGGCUCCUGCAGUCCUCCAAGGAGAAGAUCGUCACAGACAUCAAGAUCAACUUCGACCACGACAAGUGA